GUGGAGCUGUAGGUUCAGACCUGCUGUACCAGCUCUGACUCUGUGAUCACUUACAAAGGAUGCCAUCAGUGGAAAACCAACAUAUUGAAGAAAUGCGUGGAAAUGGAGCUGAAUAUAUUUGAUUAUUUUUGUUAUUAUUAUUGUAUGAAAAUGAUACUUUGAAUUCAUCCCGAAUCAAAAACUCUUUUUUUUUUCUUGAGUGAGAAUAUUUAUAUUUUUAAACUAAUCAUGCAUGUGUGAGUGAUUAAAUGGACUUUCCUUUUUUUUAUUUUUUAUUUUUCGCUUGAAAUGUUGACUGUGAGGGCGCCUGCUUGAUUAUCUUGCAGGAAACAGAGACUGAAAACAAUGUCCGACACGCUGAUUUCUUGAGAGAGAAAGAGAAAAAAACUUACUCUAAAGUUUUUCUUUAUGGCGUUUCAAAAUGACAAACUCUAACUUGAGGAACGAAAGCAACUAUGGGAUCUAUUUUGCUGAAGCUUUCAAUGGAUCUGUUCUGGAUCACAUAUUUCCAAACGACAGCAUCACGACAUGCAGGAACUUCACCAUGGACUCACAGGUUGUCGGAGUUGGGAUCAUUCUCUCCGUUUUUAUUCUGGUGGCAAUUGUUGGGAACAUUUUGGUUAUCCUGUCUGUGGUAUGUAAUAAACAUUUGCAGACAGUCACAAACUUCUUCAUUGUCAAUUUAGCCAUGGCAGACCUGCUGUUGAGCAUUAUCGUGCUGCCUUUCUCUGCAUCCCUGGAGGUUUUGGGAUGCUGGGUGUUUGGCCGGGUUUUCUGUAACAUCUGGGCUGCUGUGGAUGUGCUCUGCUGCACCGCAUCCAUCCUCAGUCUCUGCAUCAUCUCCAUCGACCGAUAUAUAGGAGUUAAACACUGCCUGAAAUACCCAAGUAUUAUGACAGAGAGGAAGGCAGUAGCUAUUUUAGUCCUAGUUUGGGUGUCAUCCACGGUGAUCUCUGUCGGACCGCUCCUGGGAUGGAAGGAACCGCCGCCUGUGGACGAAAGCAUCUGCAGGAUCACAGAGGAACCGGGCUACGCGCUCUUCUCCUCUCUGUUUUCUUUCUACCUCCCGCUCAUGGUUAUUCUCAUCAUGUAUUUUAGGGUCUAUGUGGUGGCCCGGAGAACUACCAAGAGCCUAGAAGCGGGCGUCAAACGAGAGACAAACAAGUCGAUGGAAGUGGUGCUCCGGAUACAUUGUCGUAGCGUGCUGGAGGACGCGCGCCCGGCCAGCUCCAAAAGCAGCAAAAACCACCCGUUCCGAAGUUCGCUCUCAGUGCGGCUGAUGAAGUUCUCCAGGGAGAAAAAGGCUGCCAAAACCCUGGCCAUCGUUGUGGGGAUGUUCAUCCUGUGUUGGCUGCCUUUUUUCUUCUUUCUGCCGAUGGGUUCCUUCUUCCCAGCACUGAAGCCAUCUGAAACUGUGUUCAAGGUGAUCUUUUGGUUGGGCUACUUCAACAGCUGCAUUAAUCCAAUGAUCUACCCCUGCUCCAGCAAAGAGUUCCAGCGGGCUUUCACUCGGCUCCUCAGGUGCCAGUGUCACCAAAGACAGAGGGUACUGCGUCGCUUCUAUGACCAGAGGUGGCGGACAGCUGUCAGGGGAAUGACAAGAGAUCCGAUGGGAGACUAUAAGCCCGGCUACGCCGUGCACGAAUCCUGUGGCAGCUCUUUGUUGCAGAAGGAGAAAGGGCGCUCGCUAGGUUUCAAGAGAUGGAGUCUGUUUCCACCGCUGCAAAAGUCCUCCUUCCAGCUCAAGGAGAAAGUGAACAAUCUGUCAAACAAGAUCAAGGGUGGGACAGGAAAAAGUACCACACCUGGAGUUGGUCGUAUUGAUAUAGUAGACACAGUCUCCAUGGGGAUUUACAACUCCUGUGAGCAGAGCAAUUAUCAGUUCUAUGAUCUGGCAGACUGCUAUGGCCUGAAAGAGACUGACAUUUAAAGACAUCUUUUAUUUAUUUUCAAAGAGUCAUAUUGGACUGUGAUAGGGAAUCACUUUGCUGAGAAUCGAAGCUUGCAAAUAAAAGCUGUGUACUGAGAAGGAUGGUUCGAUUCCAGCACAAACAUUUAUCUCAACGUUCCCAUCGUGUGUAUUUAAGAUGAAACUUUUUGUGAGAUGCCACAUUUUGGAAGUGGACACAAAUGUAGUCAACUCCUUGGACCCUAAAGUGACUGCUUGAAGCACUGUGCAUUGACAUUUUACAGCCCGGGCGCGUUGACAGUUGUACGCGCUUUCGGGUAAGAUGUGUAACAUACUGUAAGCCUCAUUAUUACUGUUACACUUCUUUAAGAUUUUAUAUCAGACAGUCUCCAUGUCUUUAACUAUUAGCCAGCUGACACUGUGUGAUGACCACCAAUGAAUGGUGACCGCUUUGUUUGAUAUCGAGCUGACUAAACAAAAACAGGCGACUGCAAUAGAUUGAAACAAAUAUUUCGAUUCUUUGAUGGAACAAAGUUAGGCAAAAGUGCAAUUUUUUAUUCUCACCAGAAUGUUUGGAUUUAAUCAAAUGUAAUGUGUCACGAUGAAUUAUGAUACUUCGUCUGUUGCCAUUUUUGUAUGUUUUGACAAGGCAUUGUAAAGAUUGUAAGAGGCCGGCUAAGAAUAAAGAUGCUGCACAGUAUUUGUUCUAAGUGUUGGAUUUAUGAACUAACUUUUGGCAUUGAUAUGUACCACUAGUUUGAUGAAGAAUCCAUGAGUCUGCUUGGCCAAAUGAGUGCUAAUGUGAAAAGAUCAUGCUUUUU